AUGUUGCUAGAGAGGAAAAGAGAUGGUAAAGAAAAUGAAGCAGAAGAAGAGAAUGAAUGCGUUGCUGUAAAAGCAGUGGUUCCAGUUGAUGCUGUGGUUGUUAUCGAGGACGAGGUGGUUGGUUGGAAGAAGGCGAGGAGGGGAAAGGCGAAGGAUGGGACUGAGAGGAAUAUGAAGGGAAAAGUUGUUUACAGGUAUAUUCAGUAG